CAUAUCGUUUAAAUGGGUAACUUCGGCUUACGCAAAAAAUCUCAAAAUGCUAAAGAUUGAAAUUUCAAAUUCACAUCCGGUUCUCGCGCUAGGGUUUCUGAAAGCACAAGUAUAUCAAAAUUAAAUUAAAUUCGUGUAUCCAUUCCCUUCCCGUUCCCACCAAAAAAGGUAAUUUCCCCCAAAAUUAAAUAUUGUAACUUAGGGUUUAUCAAAGUGCUAUUUUUAGGGCUCAAAGAUGUGUCAGAAAUACAAAGUAGGGCUGUAGGGCUUGUCAUGCACUCAAUAUUUAUUCAUUCGCAGGUAUAGUGGUCUUAAAAGCUGGAAAGGAAACAUCUUUGAGGCCAAUGGAUGGUUUUUCAGAACAGGGUCAAUAUGGAGAUGAUACAAUGCAUUACAAUGACCAAGAAUUUCACAAGGAAUUUGAACAGAGAGAGCAGCAACAUGAUUCAGGGCUUGGUUUCGCAAUGAGGGAUUCAAUUGGUGGUCACCGUGAUUCAGCUUCAGGAAAACUUUUCGUUGGAGGGGUUGCUUGGGAGACUACUGAAGAAAGCUUUGCUGAUUACUUCAGCAAGUAUGGAGAGAUAAUUGAUUCUGUUAUAAUGAUUGACAAACAUUCUGGGAGGCCAAGGGGUUUUGGAUUUGUGACAUUUGCUGAUCCUGCAGUUGCUGAUAAGGUUUUGGAAGAAGACCAUGUCUUAGACAGUCGAGCGGUGGAAGUGAAGAGGACUGUCCCCAGGGAGGAUAUGGAGGUUAGGGGCAUAAUAAAGACAAAGAAAAUCUUUGUUGGUGGCUUACCAGCAUCUUUGACCAAUGAUGAAUUGAGGGAAUAUUUCUCUUUAUAUGGUAGCAUUGUUGAUUAUCAGAUCAUGCUAGACUAUAAAACUGGGCGUUCUAGAGGAUUUGGGUUUAUUACAUUCGAAAAUGAAGAUGCUGUUGAAAAAAUAUUUUUGGAGGGAAAAAUUCAUGAACUAGGAGGCAAACAGGUGGAAAUAAAAAGGGCUGAGCCUAGAAAGGGUGGUGAUUACAAUGGCAAUGCUGUUAAGUCUCAUGGUGGUUUUGAUAGUGCUGCAGGUAGAUAUGGUGGUUAUAAUUCUGGAAAUUGGUAUAAUGGAAAAAUGGGAAGGGGCUAUGAUGGGUACAGUGCCUAUGACGUUUAUGGCAAUUAUGUGGGAGACUACGGUGGCAGCUAUGUUGGUUUUUAUGGUGGAUAUCCAUAUGGAUUUGGAUAUGGAGGAACCAUGUAUGGCAGUGCUGGUUUCGGAGGCAAUGGUUAUGGCAUUCCUGGUGGUUACAUUGGAGUGACUGCAUAUGGUGGCAAUAACGGUAGAGGGUAUGGAAAUGGUUUUGUUGACCAUAAUAGUGGUGCUGGCAAUGGCGGUUUUGAUACUGGUAAAGGAUACGAUAGGAGCGAUGUUUAUAUGAAUGGAAGAUAUCAUCCUUACCUUAAGUGAGGAAAAUCUUUGUUGACUUUCAUACUUCAGUGUCAGCUUCUAGGUUACUCUCUUGGAAAAUACCCACCUUUCAGUAGAUGUGUAUUGCUUAGAAUUUCUCUAAAUUGUAAAGAAAAAAAAAAAAAAAAAAAAAGAA